AUGAACACACUUGAUCUCCUGGCUGAAAUCAGGGGGUUUCAAAACCAAAAAUUUCCCAAUGACGAACAAACGCGAUCUACAAAUGCCGAAUCGCUCUACAAGCAAAAGAAGCUAUUUCUUCGUGAUAUACGCCAGAGCUUUCUGGCACUAGGUUACAUACUACUCGGCAUCAUGUAUCUUCGAGAUAACUCACUUGUGUUGCUCGUGGUCAAAUUUAACAUGCAUUAUAGGGUUUCUCUCUGCCGAGGAAAUGGCAAAGAAACCAGUACUGAUGAAGCAAUGAUGAUCGGACAGCGCACCAUUGCCACAUACCUAUUCAGCUUGGCGUAUCACUUGAUCUUUGGUGUCUUCAAAACAUACACAAAUGACCAUCUUUUGCAUGGUUCAUUGACUCUUCAAUUCAUCGGCGAAUCGCCGGCAAGUUCCAGAUUUGAGCUCAUUUUUUACGAUAUCAUAACUUUUGCUGUAAUAUGGAUCUAUUUCAUCUUGAUGUGUCAGGUAGAAGAUCCGGAUAUAGUACAACCUGUUCAAAAGGAAGUGUCUUCUGAAGAAAAUGACCAGCUCCGUGAACGAUUGAACGGCAAUGGAUUUACAGGAAACGUCUUUCUUAUGGAAAUACGACCUCUAGAAGCCAUGAAAGCGCAACAAAAAGCAUACGUGGAUUACAAUAUGCGACAAACCUCGGUAUUUGAUCAGAUGGGCGAUGUGGUGUAG